AAGGCGAAUCUUUUCAGCAGCUGCUACGUAUUUCUGCCUGAUAUAUGAGCUCAGUAUAAUAAUUUCUAAAGUGGCUCUUUUAUUUGCUGUAGAGAAUUAGUUAAAAUAUACUUAUGGUCAAGCCUGAUGCGUUAAAACACGAUUAAGAGUAAACGAGUGGACACAACGAGGCUCGAGGCACAAACUUAUGGCUAUGCACAGUGCACGCAGACAUCCUGUUUUUAAUCUUCCCUAAGCCCUUGAAAUGCCCAAUGGGAUAUAUAAGGGUAGCCUAAUCCCUUUUCUGCCUUCCUCGCCAAGCUGCUCUCGCCGUCCGCAUUUCUCUUGCUAUAAACGUGUUGACAGGAUGGAAAGGCUUGGGAUAAGGAAUGCCAUGUAACCGGAUUGUCUGGGAGGUCUUCUGUGGUGCAGAGUAUACAGCUUUCUCCCUGUUGGAUGUGGGGGCAGCUACGGCGUCUUCUCUUGGCCUGUCGGCACGACGAGAGUUACUGGACGACAAGACGUUAUGAACGUAAUGACAGUGGAGAGGAUGGAGCAAAUGAUGUCACAUCCUUUCAGCCCAUGGGAUCAGAGCGGAUGGAGAUGCGAAAGAGGCAGAUGUCGGUGCAGCAGGAGUCGGUGGCGGGGACCACAGCACCGGCGCAGAACGAGCAUCCCGACCAGGGGAACCACAGUUCUAAUGCCUGCUGCUUCUGUUGGUGCUGUUGCUGCAGCUGCUCUUGUCUCACUGUUAGGAAUGAAGACAGAGAAGAGCGGAACCGGAGAGCAUCAUUUGAUCUUAAAGCAGAGGGGAAUGCAGACUUUGAGGAGAGUCUGAAUCCCACUGUGGAGGAGGUGCGCUCAUGGGGGCAAUCCUUCGACAAACUGAUGCACUGCCCUGCUGGAAGAGCUGCUUUCCGGCAGUUUCUGCGCACUGAGUUCAGUGAGGAAAACAUGCUAUUUUGGUUGGUUUGUGAGGAAUUCCGGAAGGAAACCAACAAGAGCAUGAUCGAGGAGAAAGCACGGGUUAUAUACGAAGACUACGUCUCCAUUCUCUCUCCCAAAGAGGUGAGUCUUGACUCUAGAGUUCGAGAGGUUAUAAAUAGGAAUAUGCUGGAGCCGACAUCUCACACGUUUGAUGAUGCCCAGCUUCAGAUAUAUACGCUAAUGCAAAGAGACUCAUAUCCUCGAUUCAUGAACACCGAAGUCUACAAAGACCUGCUUAAGACAGUGUCCGAGCAGCCGGCGGAAUCCUAGACACCUGUGAUCCUGGCUGAACGCCCCACCUUCCUAAUUUUUAGUUCGUUCGUUGUGUAGAAUAUGUUUAAAAGGACCCCGGUAUGGGUCUUCCCAGGGAUUUUACUGCUAUAGCGAUCUGUACCUGAAAAAAAGACACUCAGGUCUCCAGGUCACUGGAUUUUUUUAAAAUAUGUCUCAAAUCUCCUGAGGGCUCAACACCACAAAUACUGCUACAGAUCAGCAUAGCAAGAGGCUCCAAAGGAUUAUCAGUGCGUUUUGAGAAAACAAUCUAUUUUAUUUGGGUUGACAUUUUUUUAUUAUGGUUUAUUAUGAUCUUUUUUUGCAGUAAUGUUUAAAGGAAGAUGUGAUACCAAUUGUGGGCUAUAUACAGUAUAUCCAGUAGAUAUAUUUAUGAAAAUAUUACAUUUGUUCAAUCUUUUUUCUUCGUGUUAGGAUAAAGAAAGAAAAGGGAAUUAUGGGGAACAAGUUUUGCCCGUUUCUGAAUAGUGCGUAUGAAAAUCAAAGCUUGAGUCGAGGCAACGUUUCAGCUCCACACACAGGACACCCUGUGAACAUACAGUAUUGUUUUAGCUACUUCACCAACUAACUUAUGAUGACUUGGCAUCUCCAAUGGGAAAUUUCCAUCUGCCAUACAAAGAAACUUUUUUUCUCGUUUUUUGAAAUAAAGAAAUUGGAGAAAUAAUUUAAAUCUGAUAUCAGAAAGCUGUUUGUGUUUUUUGGCAGCUUUUUGUGCUUCAUAAAGUAUCAAUUAUAUGUUUACAGAAACAAUUCCAGUAAUACGUUAUUUUUGUAUCAUAGUGGUCGGACAUGACAAUUAAGUCUUGCAUGUUUUCAACCCAAAGAUGCUAGAAAGAAUGAAAAGCCUCCUUUUUGUGUAGAGUUUGAGGUAGCUAUACUUUUACAAUUGACCUUCAAUGUUUUUGUGAGGAAUAGAAUCAGCAGGUUAUAUUAUAUGAAACACUAUUAAAUGUGUUCGAUCUAAACACCUUCACAUUUAUAUAUAAUGCCCCGAAUGGACUGAUACAUGUUUUAUUGAUAAAACCCUCAUUGGUAGGAUUGCACCAAAGUAGCCAAGUCCAGUAAAACUGUGUGAUUCGCUUUUUCUCCAAUACAACUGACUAGAAUUGGAGCUGCCAAGUUCUUAUAUUUUUACUUUUGUGAAUUACUCUGUUGCCUGACGUUCACGUCGUUUAAAGACAAGAUCCUCCCUUGGGGAAGUGCCUUGACAUUCAAUUUUGUGACAUCUCUUUUUUGGCAAUAGCUGAUUUAGACUCACGCCACAUAUAUGGACUCGGGACCUUUGAUAAAUUCAUGAGAUGACAUGUCCGGCGACUUCUGAAUUACAAUUGCCUCUUGUUUUGAAGCGUCACCAUCACUUUUCAAGCACCGAAGUCGCCGCAGUUAAGGAAGUCUGUCUUUUUGUCAGGUAGAAAUGAAGACAGUUUGUAAAGAUUGUUGAUCUGAGUCCAGACGUGUAUCUACCAACAUGUAUUUCAUGGAGGGGCUUCUACUUGUCUUAGACUAACUUAAUAUAUGUGCAAUUGAAAUGUGCAAUUUGAGCUGAUGGAUUCACCGCAUAGAUCAACCUCAAACACAAUCUAAGCCAAUGGUUUGGAGUUCUACUGCCUAUAAAUCAUUUUUUCUUUCUUUUUUGUUGUUGUUCUGUAAAGUAUACGAAAAGUGUUAUUUUCCAGUCAGUUUACAUACAAAUUAUAAUACAUUUUUGAUUAAUAAUAUGUGAAUGUUUACAGUAAUCAGAUUAGUUUUUUCUGUUUUAUUGAAUUGAGGAAAAUCAUUUGUGGGCAUUUUGGAAUCUUUAAGAAACAAUAAAGCACAAUAAUUUUA